AUGCUGAACAAAGCGCUGCGAGUUCAGAACAUCGACAUUCUCUUCGUGCUUCGAUUUCUAAUCGUCGAUAUUCACAACCAGCUCAUCAAAGAAUCGUCAAACACAAGCAUCAGUCGAUUAUAUCGAGGUCAAGUGAUGUCAAAAGAUGAGCUUUCUCGCAUUCGUUCAAGUAUUGGCGAAUUCAUCUCGAUAAACUCCUUUCUAUCCACAACUCGUAGUCCGAAGAAGGCACUUGAAUUUGCUCAAAGUGCUCAAUGUGAAGCUCAGUAUGAAUGUGUUCUUUUCAAAAUCAAAGUUGAGAGUCGAAUAAAAGCAAAACCGUUUGCCGAUAUUUCUCGAUUGAGUUAUUUCCCUGCUGAGGAAGAAAUUCUGAUUAUGCUCGGUUCGAUCUUUCGACUUGAAAGUGUUCACUUUGACAAACAACAGCAAAUCUGGGUGGCUGAUUUAGAUUUAUGCAACGAAGAUGACCAUGAUCUGAAACAAGUGUUUGACUAUAUGAAGAAAGAGAUAGGGAGUGAAACCACUCUCAUUUCACUUGGAAAUUUGUUCAAUGUGAUGGGUGAAUUGGACAAGGCCGAAAAGUAUUAUAAACGGUUGUUAAAUCAGCUGUCAGUGGGCGAUUCCGGCAUUCCUUACUGUUACGUAGGACUGGGCAAUGUUGCCAGACACAAACGCGAAUAUGAUUUAGCUUUGAUGAAUUAUAACAAAGCAUUGAAAAUCUUCUUAAAAGCUCUUCCACCCGAUCACCCUGAUAUCGCCCAAACAUAUAACAAUAUCGGUGGUGUACAAGGUGACAAAGGUGAAUAUGAUUUAGCUUUGAUUAAUUAUGACAAAGCAUUGAAAAUCAGAGUGAAAGCUCUUCCGCCCGGUCACCCUCAUAUCGCCGAAACAUAUGGCAAUAUCGCUAAUGUACAAGGUGACAAAGGUGAAUAUGAUUUAGCUUUGAUGAAUCAUGACAAAGCAUUGAAAAUCUUCUUAAAAGCUCUUCCACCCGAUCACCCUGAUAUCGCCCAAACAUAUAACAAUAUCGGUGGUGUACAAUAUGACAAAGGUGAAUAUGAUUUAGCUUUGAUGAAUUAUGACAAAGCAUUGAAAAUCUUCUUAAAAGCUCUUCCACCCGAUCACCCUGAUAUCGCCUCUACAUACCGUAAUAUGGGACUCGUGCAUGAAGCAACUUGUACUUGGCAAUCAGCAUUAGAAUAUCAUAACAAAGCAGCAACAAUAAGGCGCAGAUCACUUGCAAUAACGCAUCCACAGCUAGUAACCACUGAGAGCGACAUUCGAAGAGUGAAAGCCCAAUUAAAGUAG